AUUUGGACAUGAUAUGCAAAACAAUGCUAAUAUCGGUCCCAUGACUUGAAUGGGAUUUGUGCCACAAAUGCUAAAAAGUUAGCAUGUGGAAACUUUCCAACUGAUAUUUACGAUUUCACAACUGGUAAAUACCACCUUCCCACCUGGUUAGAACGCAGCAUUAGGCACUUGACAUCCUGGUCAAAACAUUUGGAUGACGUUUCAUAUCCGUGUGGACAGAGAAAAUGGUGGAAGUGGAGGAGACAAGUAAAUUUAUGUUUGCAGGUCUGUCAGAUGUGUCCAUUUCAGGGGACAUUGCUGUUGAGGGGGAGAUCAAUGUCCCUGUUGGAACACCGAGUCAGGACAAAAAAUACUCCACACUGGAUGAACCUGUUAAAGAUACCAUAUUGCGAGAUCUGAAAGCAGUGGGGAAAAAGUUUGUUCAUGUGAUGUAUCCCAAGAAGAGUUCAGCGCUACUGAGAGACUGGGACUUGUGGGGACCAUUAUUGCUCUGCGUGACACUGGCUCUGAUGCUGCAGGGUGGUUCAGUUGACAGUAAGGAGGACAGAGGGCCCCAGUUUGCAGAGGUGUUUGUGAUCAUCUGGUUUGGAUCUGUCAUCAUCACACUGAACUCGAAGCUGUUGGGAGGCACCAUAUCUUUUUUCCAGAGCCUGUGUGUGCUAGGCUACUGCAUCAUGCCUCUGACCGUGGCAAUGGUCGUCUGUAGGCUAGUGCUGCUGGGUGGGUCUUGGGGGUUCAGCUUUAUCGUCCGACUAAUUGUGGUCACAGCAUCAUUCAGUUGGUCCACGUUUGCCUCUACAGCUUUCUUAGCAGAUUGCCAGCCUCCCAAUCGCAAAGCUUUGGUGGUGUAUCCUGUCUUCCUUUUUUACUUCGUCAUUGGAUGGAUGAUCCUCACAUUCUCACCGUCUGCGUAACAGUGGACUUAUCUCUAAACUGAACUUAUCCCAAUCCUUUUGGAAUAGAAGGAUACAAAUCAACACCUUGCCAUUUGUGAAAGUUGAGUGGAGUGUUGGGAGUACUUUUGAUGGAAAACAUUGUAUGUUUCUUUGGAGCAACAAGGAAAAUGGUGAGAUUUUAACCAUAGUGCACAAUGCUUUGCCUCUUUCUCUAAGCAUAGCUAAGAAAUACAGUGGAGUACAAUGGACAAGUGUCAGUGAGUCCCUAUAAGGAUGUCAGAAAAGCCUAUCUGCUUGAUUUAACAAGCUCUCUGUGUCUCACACAUGAAGAGAUUACUUAUCUCAAUUGUUUCCUGCCUUGUAAAUUAUCUUACAAUACCAACUAAGGUUCCUACACUAAGCACAUUCCCCACUGUAAUGUUAAAAAUUCAUCAUAACAUGUAGACUAGCAGGAAUAAAGGGGACCAUGUGAUCUAUAUUGUAUGUGUCAUGGUCUAUUGCCAUUUACUUAUGAAUAUGUGAUGCAAGUAUGUAUACAGUACACUGCCUCACUACAUCCUACAUCCUACACUCAAACAUUGCUUGGAAACAGGUUUCUGUUUUAUUUAGGAAUAAGUAAAACAUCUUCAAGUAGUAUUAUCUUAUUCAGAAGGUAGGAUUUGAUUAUCCACGGAUAGUGGCAGUGGUGCUCGAUUUUGAUAUGAGCAACCUAAAAAGUAUGUAGGUGGCUGUAGUUUACAUUUUCACAUUUUUACUUUCACAAGGUUAUGUGAAAAUAUAUACAUUUCCAGUUCUCUCAAUAUUUGAAUGUCAUUCUAUUAAAACGGAAAUGCUGUGAAAAAUAA